AUCUCUUAUUCUUUUUCAAUUAAUUGUCCGAACUCAAAGAUGUUAGAAUAAUUACAAAACAAAGAAAAAAGAACUAGCAAACUAGUUAAUUCGUAAACCCAAAGGAAUGUUGAUGAUUAAAUCAAAUCAGAGCACCACCAACCUAGAGCGACCACCAUUUUCCACUUGCUCCUCCCUUUCCCUUCAAAUCGCUAUCUAUCGCUGCAAACUACAAAUCAAAUCCCAACCUCAACGCAACUCACUGAUAUAAUUGUAGUAGCUGUUCAACUCACAAACCUUACACACACACACACACAUUUUCUGUUUGACUCCGUGUGACUCAGAAAUGAAGCUCUUGGCGUUGCAGCAGAGCUACCUUAACCGCCGCACCAACAGCUUCAGAGGAUCGCCGCAGUUGGAUUCGUCCGGCGACGGCUCCGUCAAGUCGCCGGCGGCAAUCUUCUGGCUCGUCCUCCACGGCGUUUGCUGUCUCAUCAGUCUCGUCCUCGGCUUCCGCUUCUCUCGCCUCGUCUUCUUCUUCCUCUUCUCCACUUCCUCCACCAACCUCUACACCGUUCCGUUUCGCACCGGCGCCGAAAUCACCGCUGCGUUGGACGUUCGUUCGAAUCCCGUCGCCAACCGAACAACCGUCGUUGCCAGCUCCACCAGCAGGGUCGUGGUUGGGAGGCACGGGAUCCGAAUCCGGCCGUGGCCUCAUCCGGAUCCAGUCGAGGUGAUGAAGGCGCACCGAAUAAUCGAGAGAGUUCAAAAGGAGCAGAGGGCGCUGUUUGGGGUCAAGAACCCUAGAACGGUGAUUGUGAUCACGCCAACGUAUGUGCGCACGUUUCAAACGCUUCACUUGACCGGUGUGAUGCACUCGCUGAUGCUGGUGCCGUACGAUCUGGUGUGGAUCGUGGUGGAAGCCGGAGGAGUCACCAACGAGACUGCUUCCAUUAUUGCCAAGUCUGGUCUCAGAACCAUCCACGUUGGCUUUCGUCAGCGAAUGCCCAAUUCAUGGGAAGCUAGGCAUAAACUCGAAGCUCGGAUGCGGCUUCAUGCUUUGAGAAUUGUGAGAAAAGAGAAGCUGGAUGGAGUUGUGAUGUUUGCUGAUGAUAGUAAUAUGCAUAGCAUGGAGCUGUUUGAUGAAGCUCAAAGUGUGAAAUGGAUUGGUGCUGUUUCGGUUGGAAUACUUGUUCAUUCAGUUGAUACAGAUGAAUCUUCAUCCAUGGUUGAAAGAGAGGGUGAGGAGGAAGCCACGCCAAUGCCCGUGCAAGGUCCUGCUUGUAAUGCUACCAAUAAAUUGAUUGGGUGGCACACCUUCAAUUCAUUACGAUAUACAGGAAGAAGUGCUGUGUACAUUGAUGACCGGGCGCCUGUGUUGCCCAGAAAGCUUGAAUGGUCUGGGUUUGUGUUGAAUUCUAGGUUGCUUUGGAAGGAUCUUGAUGAUAAGCCAGAGUGGAUUAAGGAUCUUGAUGCACUAGAUGAGGUUGGUGAGGAGAUAGAGAGUCCACUGUCGUUGGUCAAGAGCACCUCUGUGGUAGAACCACUUGGGAAUUGUGGACGGCAAGUUCUGCUUUGGUGGCUGCGGGUUGAAGCUCGCACAGACAGCAAAUUCCCUGCUCAAUGGAUGAUCGACCCUCCUUUGGACAUCACUGUCCCAUCAAAACGCACUCCAUGGCCCGAUGCUCCUCCUGAGCUCCCAUCUAAUGAAAAAAUGUUAAUUGGCACUCAAGAGCAGCCGAGCAAACUCUCUACAAAGACUAAAACACCCAGAUCCCGACGCAAUAGAAGUAAGAGAAAGCGUGACACCAAAGUGAUUGGUGUGCAAGUCUCUACGCAUUCUGAAGAAAACUGAGAUGGUAAUAAGUACAUCUGAGCAAUUUACAGGCUUCUGGAUACGAGAAUACCGGCCUUCAGCAUCAAGAGUUUCGAUUGACCAAAUGGAGAAGCUGAUGUCUUACUGGAUACAUACAUUGGCUGCGUAACUUUAAUGGUGGGCCAACAUACGUGCGUUCGAGUCUGAUUUCACCCAUUUUUUUACAUUAAUUUUUUUCCACUUCUUUUUCCAUAUAUUACGUUCGCUUGAAAGAUUAAAAGGUAAUGUCGACUUAAUUUUGCAACACUUGCUUCCUUGCAGGAAGCCUGUAUUCAAUUUUAUUCGAUGUUAAUACAUAUUUUU